CACUUUGUUUAUAUACAUUAAAAAAGUUAUACUUUAAAUGCACAUGUGUAAAAACAUCCUUUUUACAUUUAUUUCAAUUUGUGGGAUGCUGCAGUUUUGCAAAUUGCUAUUUAUUUUUCUUUGAUAUGGUGCAAUAUUCUAUUAUGCUGAUCAGAUUGUAUUCGUUUUGAAUGGUUAGAUUUAUAUGCACUUUGUUUAUAUACAUUACAAAUGUAUAAUUUAAAUGCAAAUGUUUAAUAGUAUUAUGUUACAUAACAAACCAAUGCGUCUUUAAAUACAUUGUGGUUAAGGUAGAUUAUGAUUUCAUUUAAUAAUUUAAUCAUAAUUGUUUUCACAGCAAUCAUAGUCAAACUAUCGCAAACGGUUUGACUUGAAAAAAUACAAAACAUAUAUUUUUUUUAAAGAGCCGUUUGGGAGCCAAAAGAGCCGAGCCGAACGAGCCGGCUCACUGAAAAGAGCCGGAAUGCCCAUCACCACCUAUUGCCGAUGGCCGAAAAACUAGUAGUGCGCUAUGAUAACAUAUGGGGAGGGGCAUCCGAGCAGUGAGCUAUGUUGUAUUUGGUUGUAUGUGUAACUUCUUAUUUAUACCUCAAUGUGUGUAACUCCGAGUCGGGGAGAUGAUGAAGAUUAGCCUACGCGCUAUGUAAAAUUGUUACAGCAGCACAGCCAUUCGUAACUAUUUGGCGCUCGCGCCACGUGGAGCGAAAGGCUACAUUUAUCGUGUUACAUUUUAUCCUACAUGUUAUCGCUUUGGUUUUUUAGCAACAACCGUCUUUUUUUGUUGCGUAGCAAUAAUGAAAACACAGUGAUCUGACUGCCGCACUUCUCAUCUCUACAAGUUUCAACCGAUCCCCCGAGCACAGGAUGAAGGGUCGAACAGAUGCCCCGCGCGAUAGGGGCUGGUUGGUGGGGGUUAUCUUCUUCAUCCUGGGACUCGGGACGCUGCUACCAUGGAACUUCUUCAUGACCGCCUCCAUGUAUUUCAACCGCCGCCUUAACAAGACUGAACGGAGCAACGGCACGGUGGUCUCCCACAAAGAGUACUACUUCAACAACUGGAUGACUCUGCUGUCCCAGCUCCCCCUGCUGCUCUGCACUCUGCUCAACUCCUUCUUCUAUCAGCGGAUAUCGGAGAUGGUGCGGAUAGCGGGCAGCCUGGUCUUCAUCUUCAUCCUCUUCAUCCUCACUGCCAUCCUGGUCAAGAUCCCCAUGGAGGAGGACCGCUUCUUCUCUGUUACCAUGGCUACCAUCUGGUUCAUCAACUCGUUUGGAGCGGUGCUACAGGGCAGUCUGUUUGGCCUGGUGGGCCUCCUUCCUCAGAAGUACAGCGCUGUGUUCAUGAGUGGCCAGGGGCUGGCCGGCACCUUCGCUGCUAUCGCCAUGCUGGUCUCCAUAGCCAGUGAUACGGACCCUGAGACGGCUGCGUUGGGUUACUUCAUCACGCCGUGUGUAGGAACCCUGAUCACUUUGCUUAGCUACCUCCUACUGCCUCGCCUGGAGUUUGCCCAGUUUUACUUGGACAAGAGCAGGAGUUAUGAGGUGGAGACUGCAAAUGAGCUGCUGAAAGUGACAGAGAGUGGCACGGCGGAGAACGGCAAGCUGUAUGGCCACGACAAUGGCUCAUUGGCCAAUGGAGGUGCCAGUGGCGAGGAGGUGGAGGUAAAGGGGGCUGGGGUCAGUCCCAAGCAGGCCUUCUUAACCCUGGAGCAGGCUGAGGUCAGGGACAGGAAGUCCACCGUCAUGGAGGUGUUUAAAAAGAUAUGGGUGAUGGCUUUCUGUGUUGUUUUUGUCUUCACCGUCACUCUCGCUGUGUUCCCUGCCGUCACUGUGGACGUCAAGACCAUAUACCCUGGGAAAUGGGAACCUUAUUUCAUCUCUGUGUGUUGCUUCCUCAUUUUCAACGUGUGUGACUGGAUCGGCAGAACUGUCACCACCCUGGUCCAGUGGCCCCCCAAGGAGAGUUGUCUGUUCCCGGGGCUGGUGGUCUCCAGGGUGGUGUUUGUUCCCCUGCUGAUGUUCUGUAACGUCCAGAGCCGCUCCUACCUCCCCGUCCUCUUCUCCCACGACGCUGCCUUCGCUUUCAUCAUGAUGCUCUUCUCCCUCUCCAACGGAUACUGCGUCUGCCUCUCCAUGUCCUACGCCCCACAGUUGGUGACUCCUAAAGAUGCAGAGACGGCCGGGGCCCUGAUGACUUUCUUCCUGGCCCUGGGCCUCUCCAUCGGGGCCGCCCUGUCCUUCCUGCUGCGACUACUGGUCUAGACACACACACAUCAGAGGACCACCACCAUCAGUCAACAGCCACCUCCAUCCCCAUCCGUAAAGUGACGGGACACGCCAUGACACGCCAUAACAUCAUCCACUUCCAUCGUCAUACCUAGAAGGACCCAGGCUGGGAAUAGAGCUGCCUAAACAAAAGCCUGCAUCAAAAUGAUAUUAGUACUGACCACAAUAGAUAUUAUACCAGGGAUUGAAUAUCAUCUCCCCAGCUGCCUGACAUGCACAACACGUAUUGAAAUAACUGAGAUAUGAAGGGUAUGACGUUACAUGACUAGCUACUUUACAACUGGUUUACAGUGGUUAGUAGUAAAAGACUCUGGUUGCCUCUCAUCGGACAACAAUGAAUAGACACAGUCGGUGCCAAACAGUUUUAAACUUGGGUCCUUAUUUUUGAGUUGGACCAUUUUAAGGAGUCUUUUUGUAUAAUGUGUGUUUCCCUGUUGUUUUCUUAAGGCACUAACCUUAGUCAAGAACAGUAGCUAGAGGAGUUUAUGGAGAACUAAUGGAUUGUUCCACAAAGUAGAUUAUUUUCUCAUGGAAGUCUUAUUUUCAUAACGACAUCAGAUGAAAUCAGGAUUACUAGCUCUGAUGAGUAAGUACUUAUAUUUUUCAACAAAGCCUUUGAUUUGAUUGAAAACUUCUGAUUUAUUUUGGAUAUCAUGACAAUAUGAAAUAGUACAUUAUUUUUGCACGGAAGACCAAUUCAAUUAUUUCCCUUAGUUUGCAUUUGGUUACAGAUAGGUUUCUUCAUUAUGUUAUUUGCACAUCAGUACAAAGGCACUACAUUACACAGACAACAUGGACAUCGGUCUGUGGACAUCAGCAUACUCAUGUCAUUCUAGCCCAUUGGAGUGGAGAGGACCACUUGGGGUGUGUUCAAUAGAGUGAAAUGUAGUUCCUAGAAAAUACUCCAUUCACUUCCUGUUCAUGUCAGGAUAAUGGCCCAGUAGGACAGGUUUUAGAAACAGGAUAUGAUGCAGUGUAAUGAUAGGAACAGAGGGCAAGGAGGUGAUGGGAACCAGACCACAUUCCACUCCUCCUCCUUCCCACUGUUCUCCUGAGGGUAGCGUUCAGUCUGACCAUAACAGUGUUUCCCAAAUUUGGUCCUUGGGACCCCAGGGGGUGCACGUUUUGUUUUAAUGUCCCAGCACUACACAGCUGAUUCAAAUAAUCUACUAAUCAUCAGGCUUUUGAUAAUAUGAAUCAGAUGUGUAGUGUUAAGGCAAAAAAACUAAACGUGCACCCGUUGGGGUCCCGAGGUUUGAUUUUGGGAAAUGCUGCCCUAACACCAUUCUGUGCUGCUAACCUACCUAUUAACCUGUUGCUGUCUAGUCACGUUGUUUGAACAGAGCUUUGGCUUUAGGUAUAAUGUACAAAGGUGUGCUGUGACAGAUUUUUCAAAACAAAAGGGAUACACUCCCUGCUUUGUUGUAAACAGGGUGUUGCUUUUGGCUUUCUGUAAUAACAAAAUGUUUAACUUUUUGUCACCAUGAAAAAGUGUCAGCUAUUCUGUUUCGAUUAUGUAAAUUAAUUGGAUUUAAGUAACAGCACUUGUUUUUGUUUCGCUGUUGGUCAUUUACUAGACUAAACUAUAGUAUUUUGAACACAGAUGAAGAACAAGAAUAGCUUCUAGCGGUCACUGGUUGAUGAGCCAGCUAAGGGUAAGGUGUCUGUAUCUGCCAAUAUUUGAGUUCAUAUUACACAGACACUGGGAGUAAAACACAUUACAGAAAAAUAUUUUUAAAUACAUUACCAUAACACUAAAUCACAAUUCCAUAAUUAUCUGCCAAUUUUCAUUCCUUGAAUGUAUCAUGGCCACGAUGAUUUAAUGGAGUCAGAUUAUACAUUUAACGGAGUGCCAUUAAACAUGAAUCGACAACCAUUUCUAAAGCUGUGCAUUAAGUUAUAGAUUUAUAUGUCUAUAAACUAUUUAUUUUUUGCCCAUUCUGUUUCCAUUCCAGAUAUGAACACAUUGAUUAGAACCUUACCAACUCUUGUAUGAACUUUGUGUUUGCUCUAUUUUGGUUUCUAGACUUUCCUUCCUCUAAUAUAAGUAUCCGUUGUUUUAAAAUCCUUUUUAUGUUUCUCUCUCAUGAAAUCUUUGUUUUUGAUUUGAUUGCUCAACGUUUAAGAGUGUUUUCUGAAUGGAGUGAGAAUUAACUGUCAUACUAUAUGUAGAAGACAAACAAGGUACCUACCUACCUGUACGUGGUGUUGUUGAGACAAACAUCCGUUUGGUUUCAGAAUGGCUGGAUGAAGGGCUGAUGAGGGUAAUGGCCUUGUUCAAAUACUCUACAGAUGCACCCUUCCUUACUUUAGGAAAUCACUGGCCUAUCACAAUUGCAUAUGUGUUAGCAAGGACUCCAAUACACAGCUUUCAUCUAUUCUGUCACGUUAGAACAGUGGUCGAGGAAGGAAGGAAGCGUUUUUGAACAAUACCCGUCUACCUGAACCAGUGGUGUAGUGGUGACUGGAGAAGUGGGUAUAAUCAUUUUGCCCCCAAAAAUUCAAACGGCCCGCCCAGGGACGGAAAGGCGCCCUGUGAGAAAAAUGCUAUGAGAAAUAGUGAUACAAACCACGUUUCCAUCCAGUUUCAUACCAUAUAAAAAUCACGACAGCUGUGAUGAAAACGGGUAGUUUAAGUACAAUUUUAUAAAUACCGACAUAUAAUUUGUUAAUACGCACAUGGGAUAUUUUUGUGUCAGUAAAAUUAAUUAUGCGAGAAAUUGUGGUGGAAACACCUUUAUGGGUAAAUAUUGAUAUAAUAAACAUAAUGAGUCACGCGAUGACAUGUUGUGUGGUCCUCCAGCUACGACUCUGGAAACCAUGCAGUUUAUUAGGCUACAUAUUCAAUUAAUUAUGAACUUUACAGGGUGGUGAAAGUGCAUGGUGAUCUUGAUGCUCCUUUUAAAUAAAUAUUGAGGGUCUGAUUCUGGUGACAUGGUGAUCGAUGCAUGACUGAUUUAGCCAUAACCUCAUUACUAGUCUACCCUCACUGUCUGCCAGCUGUUGGCCACGUGUCAACAUCAGAGUAGGCACAUUUGCAUUUUAACAGUUUUUGUGACAAAACUAUCGAUAGAGUUGAAAAUGCGGCGUAAACACAUUGAACAUUCGAUUUUUAACACUAAAUCGCGUACAUUUUGUUUGCAUCACGUCAUCACGCACUGACUUUUAUCCUCAACAAAUCUAUUUGGUGGAAACGCCACUGGUGGGAAAAUGCGUAUAUUUUCUUUAUGCAUAUUUAAAAAAUAUAUAUGCAUGAAAAUCUGUCGCCAACUGGAUGAAAAACUAGCUAUACUCUCUGAAUGACCUAAAAUGAUCAAUCCCAUCCUGGUCUUUCGCAGUCAGGUCAACCCAAGUUGUACUGUGCAAGUAGGCUAAUAGUAGGCCUACUAUUGAAACAGAUACAAGAGGCUGUCAACUAAGAAAUUCACAAGUUUCAGAUUUUUUUAAAGAAAUCUGAAACUUUAAAAAAAAAGAUAAACAACCAAAUUGGAUGCUCUAAGUCCAUAACGAUGCUUAAACCACAUCACGAGACCACUUUUGAGGUCUGGGAAAAAUCGAAGAAAUAUAGAUUUUUGUGGUGUUUUAGAAAGGUGUUUUCCCCAAAAUUGCAUUUUGGAACAUUGCUGUGCUUAAAACGUGAAUAAAUAAUAGUUCAACAUUUUAAGAUUAACAUACUGAUCGGUUUCAUCAGCCUUAUUAAUUGAUUCGGCGAAUACCUUCCCCACACUACUUUGGUACGCAUCAGGGGUUUAAGAAGUGAGUAUACUCAAUGCCCACUGAAAAAUACGUGGGUAUACGGAGUAUACCAGCGUCUACCUCCCAAUACACCACUGGUCUGGGACCGGUUUCUCAAAAGAGACAUGGGAUAGGAUCCUAUGGUUCUAAAAAUGAACUUAGUCUUCAGAUGCUUUUGGGGAACUGGGCUCUGGAGCAUUACUAAGGUUGCAUCCCGAUUUUCCACCCUUCCCCCGAAGUGUGCACUUACAACUUUCUCGCAUGGAUGUUAACGACUGUGGAAACGGUAAACUCCCUCCAACCAAAUUUUACACCAGUCCUACGCUGUUAAAUCCAUGACGAGGGGUGUGCAAGUGCACAUUUCUGGAAAAGGUUCGAGAAUCAGGACCAAGGAGUCAGGACCCAGGUCAUGACCAUGUCUGAAUGAUUUAACAUUAAAUUGUUAUCAACACAGAUCGUUAUCAACACAAAAAAAGACUUACUAGUCGCCAAAGUACCAUAGCAUUUCUUUAAACAUUCAUAAUGUUGCAUAUAGAUCUCGUUUAAGAUAAGACAUCCUUCAUUUACAUUUAGCAGACGCUAUCAUCCAGAGUGACAUCCACUGUUGACACCAUAGUGCCGGGUAAUAAAACAUGAGCAAGAAGAGUGAAAUAUGGGAAAGACCAGAGUUAACCUUUUGUGUAACAACUUUUUACGAUGCGAGACCAGAGAAAAGCAGAGUAGUGAUUGAAUUAUUCGUUUUAGAUAGUGAAACGACAGCUAUUGUUAAAGUACUUCAUGCAAUACAUAUUUUUGAGACCCUGGCUAUGAGAAGAACGAGUCUUGUUGGACAUAAUUGUUACACUGUAGUGUUUAAUACAUACAAGUCAACUUUGUUUUAUGGAACUCCAAUCAGUUGGAUUGUGGCUGCGAGCAGGGAUUUGAUUCGUCAGGAUCGUACGGUAUGAUUGGACAACAACAAUGUAUUAUGUGCUACUACAGCGAAGGGAACCAUUUGUAUAGUUUUUGAGUUGAGGAAUUUUAGUUGCUGCUGUUGGAAAUAGCUUUGAAAUGGUGACAUUCAAUUUACUUUUAUAUUUCUGUGUGAUUUAGUCUUCUUUUUACAAUACUUUGAAGUGUUUUAUUUUUCACUGCAUUGAAAGCACAUAUUUCAAUGAAAAAGACACUUGACCAACCCAAAAAUGUCCCCCCCCCCCCCCAUUGUAUUUAUUGAAAACCCAGUAAUUGUCAUUAACACCUGUUCUUACUUGACAGGUGGGGUGGGGUGGGGUGAAAUGGUCAACUGGGGCUAGUAGUUGUCAUUCCGUCAUAAGCCAAAAAGCAAGAAAAAAAGUAUGAAGAAAAAGCCUCCGAUAUGCAAACAGAAUGACCACCUUGUGUUGUCAUUGUUUCCUUUAAAAGCAACUUUU